GCCGUUUACUAGGUUAUCUUCCUCUUCGAUUCACGAAUUUUCUGUUGAAUUUUCCGCUUUUAUAUUGCAUAUACAGAAUAUCCUAGGUUUUUCGUAUGACUUUGUCAGUGAGUUUUAUAGGUAAUAUAAUAUGUAUAAGGAUGUAUCACUGGUAUCUGAUAGGGAUGAAACUUAGAAUUAGCGAAUAAUGAUGAAGAAAAGGUGGAUUUAAAAUCAUAUUCCAGUUUCCUUUUUUAAUAGUUCAUACAUUUUGGAAGUGUGAUUUGAAUUUGUAUAUACUAUGAACAUACGUAUAAUUAGGCAAUUCUUUACAAUUAGCAAUUAAGUUAUUAAUUAUAAUAUUAGUAUCAGUAUAUGUCAUUUGACCAAUGAUGAAAAAAAUUAAAAUUAACGAAACGCCGAUACUUAUCUUCCGUGAGAAUACAGUUUAAAAAUAAAAGCUACAAAUGUUCGUGUAAUGUUUGAAUUUUGUAAUUUUAUAUAUAAUUUUUCGCAGCUAAAAUAUUUUAUAGGGAACUGUUUAAGAUAUUUGUUAUGUUUUCCAAUAACAAAAUUCAUCUUUUUUAUACGAAAGCUGAUGAAAUUCACGUGAAUGAAUCAAAUUUAUGCUUGCAUAGAUACGUCACUGGAAGACACCCCAACAUUACUCCCUCUGUUGCAUAUAUUUUUUCCUCUAUAUCUAUUCCCUUUAUCCGAGGCUAAAGCAGUUAAAAUAAGCCUUAAUAACGGAUCUAUUCAUUGAUGCCUUCGCUAUACCAGAUUGAAAAUAAUGCCAGCACCUUUUGAACAUGGGUACCCGUCUUAAUUGGUGAUGGCGCGUAUACGGUUUCCGCUCUCGUGACGAAUUUCGGCGUAUGCGCGCCGAUUUAUGACUGGCAAAACGUUGAAUACGGAGAAUGUCGUCACCGACUCGGAAUUUAAAUCCUGCGACAGUGUGACAACGUUAAGAUUGGAGGCUCUGGAAAAAGCUCUCUAUUGCUGGGAGGAUGCUCUUACGGCGUUCAGCUCUUCAUUCAGUAAUGGUACACUCGCAUUACCGUCGGCAGCGGAUGCGGCAUUUACGCAAGAUGUGCAAGAACUCCUUGACAUGGGUUAUCAAAUUCAGAACCAUGCAGAACUCCUUUUUAUCGACCAGCAUUCAGUAUUGUUCCGGAAUGAAGAUGAGGAAAGUAUAGAUAGCCACAAACCUUCGAACAUAGGUAGUAGGAUAUCCGGUAAGGAUAAAGCAGAUGCUGCGUCUUCUCCGGAAUCUUUUGAAUCUGCACGUGAUGGAGUAGCAGAUUUACGGGAAUUUGAAGAAUUCUCCGAAUUUUUCCCGCACUUUGAAAAACAAAAAUUAUAUCACGCUGCACUCAAACAACACGAAGACAAAAGCAUUUUAUGCAGACGUUUGCAUACAGAGUUAGUAAAGUGUGGCUCGGACAUUGAAUAUUUAGCAAAGGUACAUUGCUUGCGACAAGCGUAUACAAAAUUGUUCACUAUAUCUUCUGCCACAGAAUGGAUCGCGGACAUAGGCAGACAAGUCAUUAGUGAUUUGAUCAUGUAUGCAGACAGGGAUCCCAAAGAUUAUCUAAUGCAUUACGAACGAAUGUUAGAAUUUUUACAAGAGCCAAGCAACCAUAAUAUGAUGGAGGAGGAAUUAACCGGAAGAGGCGUCAAAUGUAUAAAUUUCUACGAUGUUCUGAUUGACUUUAUUUUAUUAGAUGCUUUCGAAGAAGUUGAAAAACCGCCUUCAUCAAUUAAAGCUAUUUUACAAAACAGAUGGAUAUCCGCUAGUUUUCGUGAAACUGCCAUUGGAACUGCAGUUUGGUCAGUUCUUAUGGGUAAAAGACAAAUGCUGAAAUAUGAUAAAGGAUUUCUAGCCCAUUUUUACUCGAUUUCUGAACAAAUUUCUCCAGUGCUUGUGUGGGGUUUCCUAGGCCCAGAAGGAAGUCUACGUUCUACUUGCCACUAUUUCAGAGAUCAAGUAAUAGAAUUCCUUGUAGAUAUAUUUAAUUUCUUUAAAGUAAGAUAUACUACUGUUGAUAACCUCGCUGAAGAUAUACUCAGGGAAAUGAAAAUAAGAGUCGAAAAUAUAAAUCAAAGACUUUCUCUAGAAGGUUGUUAAUCAUGCAUCAUAAUCAUAAGCACUGUAUAGCAGUGUCAAAUAUAUAUAGAAUGCUCUAACAAUCUUUACCCUUUUGUAUUUGUUGCAAGUUGUCUGUCCAUAUUUAUGCACAUCAGUGCAACUAUUGUACGAGUUUUAUGAAAGCUGAUAUUAUGAGUAAAAGAUAAUUGAAUUUAUGAUGUAAUAAUAUUUCUUCAAUCUCUUUCGCAUUUACAUUAUUUUGUAUAUUUCAAUUCAAAACACACAUGAAUGUAGGAGUGAUUCUUUAUAUAAUUUUAUUUCUUGUAAUAUGUAUAUUGUAUAGAUUAUAUGUAGAUAUUAAUCUCAAUACGCUUUUAGUACAAGAAUUUAGAACAAGAUGUUUAACCCUUUUAGUGCCGACCGAAAGAAUUGUACCUAAGCGAAAAGUACCAAAUCAAUUUGAUGUAAUUUGUAGUUUGAGAAAAAAAUCAUAAAAAGGAAAGUAAGAAAGAUAUUUACAAAAUUCAAAACGGAACAUAUUACAAAAUAAAGGGGGAAUAAAUUAAUGCCAAUUAAAAAGUGCAAAAAUCAGUUUUUUUUUGUAAACAGUAUUUGCAAAUAAGAAGAAUAAUCGAUUGGUCAUAGUUUGAUGUGGAAUACGUAGUAUAAAGCAUCAAUACUGCAUUCUCAAUUAUUUGUAGCAAAAUUUCUAACAUCAAAAACAAAGCUAAAUGAUAAUCCCAUGAUGCGUAGGAGGAUUACUUGCUCCAAAACAAGUGAGCUGGUAUAACAUCACUAAAAUAACAUUCUAAUAUUAUUAUAAAUAUUUAUAGUUAUCCGGCUAUUGAAAAUGUGUGAUAUUUACUUAUUAUUACUCAUACAAAUAAUUUACUUAGCAUUUAUGGUUACUAAUGUAUACAUCGUGUAAUCCUUUAUUGCAUAUAUUACAAAUUGUGCAUGAUCUCCGCGUAAGCCCACAAAAAAUUUUAUUGUUACUCUGUCGACGCAAGAUUAUUUUUAUUUUGUGAAACAUAAGGAGAUAUUCUGUUCUAAACAGUGUUAUUCAAAAUCUAUGACAGUCUCAAGCAAAUCUCCCGUAUCGAAUUUUUAUUUUAUGGUACUAGCGUAUACAGUCUCGGUAUCAAUCAUCGCGAAAUAUAACAAAAAGUUAAUUCCAUAAACAAUUUUUUCGAUUUGUGGAACAUCUCACACAGUGCUUCUGCAGAAAAAUUCAACCAUUUAUAACGUUUUAUAAAUUUAUUUUGAGAUAAAGUUCUCUCGCGACGCGAUUAGUAAGGCACCAUCGCAUACACAACGAUAUAUCAUUGUUCGGUACUAAAAAGGCUAAAUAUAAUUAUUUUAUUAUAAAAAUGAGUUUUAAUAUAUUGCUAUUAUUUCAACGUUACCAAAUUGUUUAUAUACUACAAAGUAGUUGUAAUGAUAUAAUGACAAACUAUUUGUAGCAUUUAAAAGUAGUAUGAUGAAAAUGUUCCAAUUCCUAAUAUAUUCCAUGAAACAUUACUAUAUGAUAGUAUGAAGGCACUAAUAAUAAUGUCCUCUUUAUUAAUAAAUUAUUAGAAUAUAUACAGUUUUAAUUAAGAAACUUUUGGAGAAACAUAUUUGCUUAUUUUAUUUCACGUUAUAGAUCUAUUUACAUCAUCUCCUUACUAUCAAAUAUAAACAAUAUUUUUUUAUAAUCUCUUAUAAAAAAAUAAUCGCUUAUAAACACUAUAUAAAAUACAAAGUGUCCAUUGCCAAAGAUAAGAAUAAUAUCGCUACUGAUAACCCUGUGACCAGUAUGAAUAUGUAUUUGUUUCAGUACAGUUAUACUUUACGUUUUAUAUUACCAACAUAGCGUGAAAACAUUCCACUAUUGUAAUUAUUUAAGUGUUACUUCUUGCAAAUUAAUCAUGGAUAACAAAUACAACAAAUUUUAUAUACAAAGAAAUAAUAUGCUAUGUAAACAUUG